GCUCACUCUUGGUUUUGCCAGACACCGCACGAUGGAAGCCCUUUGGUUGCAGUUUGACGCCGCCGUGCGCCCGAUGGAGAAGGUCAUCUUGGAGUGGGCCGACCCGUCGGGCCGCUACGAGCUCUCGCCCACGAAGGACUGGGCGAUGACGGACUUUUCGACCGCCGCCGCGAUCGCGCUCGCGUACCUCGUCUUUGUGAUUGUCGGCACGCUCGUCAUGAAGUCGGGUGUCCCGGCUAUCAACACGAGCGCGCUCCAGUUCGUGUACAACCCGAUCCAGAUUGCGCUCUGCUCGUACAUGUGCAUUGAGGCCGGCAUCCAGGCCUACCGCCACGACUACUCGGUCAUGCCGUGCAACGCGUACGACGUGGCCAAGCCGGUCAUGGGCAACGUCAUGUGGCUCUUUUACGUCUCGAAGAUUCUCGACUUCAUGGACACGUUCUUUAUCAUUGUCGGCAAGAAGUGGAAGCAGCUCUCGUUCUUGCACGUGUACCACCAUUUGACGAUCUUUUCGAUCUACUGGCUCAACAUCCGCGUGCUCUACGACGGCGAUGUCUACCUCACGAUCAUCCUCAACGGCUUCAUCCACACGAUCAUGUACACGUACUACUUUGUCUCGGCGCACACCAAGACGAUCUGGUGGAAGAAGUACAUCACGACGAUGCAGCUCAUCCAGUUUGUCACGAUGAACGUCCAGGCCUACAUGACGAUCUCCAAGAAGUGCGACGGCGCGCCCAUGAACGUCUCGAUCAUGUACCUCGUGUACAUCCAGUCGCUCUUCUGGCUCUUUAUGCACUUCUUCAUCCAGUCGUACUGCCAGACGCCCCGCAAGGAGGCGUCGGCCAAGAAGACCAACUAAAAGUGUCGUAAUCUCAUACUCGUCCACUACUACCAGUCCCCAAC